GACAGCCGCCACGACGUAGUGCCAGCGAACUUGAAGGUUGCAAUGCCGACGCGCCCACGACUUCGGACGUGCAGCAUCGCAACCCUCAAGUAAGCCGAUAGUGCAUCGUGCCGUCUGUCGCCGAUCUACGAUGUGCUGCUCGGCUCGCUCGAUGUCCGUCGCGAGGUGCGACGUGUGACUCGAUGUCGCAGAGCUCUUCGUCGAUCGUGUUCAGCUUGAGCGAGCUGAACGCGCCUCGUCGUAAGGUCGAACUCUGUGCCAUCGGGCCGACGCCAUCCUUGCGGCGGAAUGUCAAGGUCGCCGGCAGCGCAGCCAUCGUCGAGUCUCGGCGCUUGUGCGCGCGUCGCAGGCCAUGGACGACUUCUCAUCCUGCUCUCUCCGGCAGAGCAACUCUGCCGCAUAGGGUGCGAUCAGUAGUCACUCCAUGUCCUGUGUCACGCGUAAAAGCUCUUCGUCGUCGUUUUGCGGCCGGCCUCGGAUCGGUGGCAGUGCUCUGCGCGUCUCUUCGGAUGGCUUCCAUCACCCCAGUGCCUUCUGCUCCCCGCGUGGAGUGCAAUUCGCUCGGCGGUGGGUGGAAUCCUUCCAGCACACGUCCACAGCAGCGCCAUCGCCGGCUCGAGGCGCCGCUACCCGGUCAACAUCGGCGCCGUCCAGCAUCGCUGCAGCAUGGUGGACCUCGCCGCACCGCUGUCAACAUUCGACACCGGCGCCGUCGUCGCUUCUCCGCCUCUCGCCAGCGCUCUGGUCGCCGAUGCACUCCACGUCUGGUGCUGCGUACGCAUGGUGCCGUGCGGGCGCGAUGCGCGCCGGUAAGGCCGUGCGUACAUAGCCUCGGCGCCGUGGAGGCUCGCGGCGGCCUCUGCUCCUUCAAGAUGGCGCUCAAGGCUUGCGGUGCUCGGCUGCAUUCUCGACGCCGGCGCCGCGUUCGGCUCUCUGCCUCUGGCCGGCGAGGCUCUGCCUGUGUGAUGUCGAUCAGGAAUCGCCGCCGCGUCGCUGGACAGAAGCGCGAACAAGCUCGCGCCUCUCCUUGGCGCUGUGGGUGUCUCCCGCCAGCUCGACUCCACCGCGAACAGAAGCUCAUGCCGCGCGUCCAGACGAUGGAGCAUCUCUCGGCUGCUCGCUACGAAGCUCGCCAGCACUCUCAAGAUGAUCACCGCCGCGCGCAUUGCAUCUGCUGCGCUGCUAUCCGCCUUCGCCGCCGGCGCCGGCUCUCCACCUCUCAACGGCAUGGCUCCGCCUCUGUGAGAGUUUGAGGUUGUAGGCACGCUCCGGGCGCUGAGCGGAUGCUUGCGCCUCUGCGCAAGCCUCUCACACCAGCGCUCUGGAGCUGCUCGUCAACCCCGACCUCAUCCGAGACGGCGCACGAGGGCCCGCUCGACUCGACUGCGCUCUCGACUCGGCUCGCGCUCGCCAUGCCCACGUCACCAGCUCGCCGCCAACUCACUGUCGCUUCGACUGUCCUCUUUCAUGGCUCCCUUGCGUCACACCUGAACACCACUCCUCCGCAUUCAUACCGUGUCACCCAUCCGUCGCGAUGCCAUUGUGAAGAAGAAGAGGUGGUUCGGUUAGGCGCGACGCUGUUGGGGCUG